AGAUGAGGCAGUGAUAGCCCCGUCAUUUUCAAAAUGGCAGCAACAUUUCAAAUAAGCGAGUUUGACAGUGAAGACCAAAUAACUAAAGAAAUAGCAAAACAAGAAGAGAUAACGUCGUUGAAAUACAUAAUCUUGCGCAAAGACAAACGUUUUGGGCGAAAGGAUGCACACCCUUUGGAAGGAAAAAAGAUCAGCUGGGAGGUAAAAAGUCACCCAUUCAAUGGAGUUCCAUUUCAGGUUGUGGGCACAAGCACAUAUGAAUGCCAUCAGGGGAAAGACCGACAAGUAAAAGCUAAAGAGAAACAUGCUGCUAAAAUGAACAAGAAGGCGCUUGAAGACCAUGCCUUAAAGAGACGGAAACAAAAUACAAAGAAGGUGGACUGCAAGGCUUUAAUAAACAUCGCCCACAUUAUCCGCUUUCCUGGUUUUAAGAUUGAGGAGAGUACUGUGCGCUCUAAAAAGGAGGCCUCCAAAGAUCUGAAGGCAGCUCUAAGUGAAAGACCAAGCUCUGUGAAGGCAGAGGUUGUCUACUGCGUCAGGUUCCCCUCUCUCUCUGAGCAUAGCUCACACGCACUUGUUGGCGAGUGGUCCUCUGAGAAGAACUUGAAGGUGUUGCAGAACCAAUGUGCAGACUAUCUAAAAGAAAUCACAGACCUCACCUAUCAUCUUGAAGAUGAAGAGUACAUGACUGGCCUGUCUUCACAUUUGCAAUGCCUAUUGCAGGAAAUGAAAGGACUUGUCCCACAGGAUAAAGAUCUCAUAUUGACCCUUUCCCCAAGGAAGAGAAAGGCUGAGGAGGACAUGGCCACCCUACCAACCCAGGGAGCGUCGCAACCUUUCACCGACAGUGUAGGACAGCAUGCAGAUUUACAGAACACAUGCGAAGAACCAUGUUUGCCAAACUGAGUGUGGAGUGAGAUUGCUUGUAGGCAGGGAGCCUAGGGCGACGGAGGAUGGCAGUGUGUGUAUAUAUGUGUUGAGUCCUUUUUUUCUUUAGAAUAUUUGGGUGGUAACCCAAGCUCGCCAGCAUACUUGUUGUACUAUUUUAAUAUUAAUUGUAAUAAAAUAAAAAUACAAUUGGGUGAUAAUCCUGUAUGCAGUGGUGGAAAAAUUACCCAAUUGUCAUACUUGAGUAAAAGUAAAGAUGCCUUAAUAGAAAAUGACUCAAGUGAAAGUCACCCAAUAAAAUACUACUUCAGUAAAAGCAUAAAAGUAUUUGGUUUUAAAUAUACUUGAGUAUCAAAAGUAAACAACUGCUAAAAUAUAUUUAAGUAUCGAAAGUAAAAGUAUAAAUAAUUUAAAAUUCCUUAUAUUAAGCAAACCAGACGGCACCAUUUUCUUGUUAUUUUUUUAAUUUAUGGAUAGCCAGGUGCACACUCUAACACUCAGACAUAAUUUACAAAGGAAGCAUUUGUGUUUAGUGAGUCUGCCACAUCAGAAGGAAGUUGGGAUGACCAGGGAUAAGUGUGUGAAUUGGAAAAAUGUUCUGUCUUGCUUAGCAUUCAAAAUGUAAUGAGUACUUUUGGGUGUAACGGAAAAAGUAUAGAGUAAAAAGUAAAUUAUUUUCUUUAGGAAUGUAGUGAAGUAAAAGUUGUCAAAUAUAAGUAAUAUAGUACAGAUACCCCAAAAAACUACUUAAGUAGUACUUUAAAGUAUUUUUACUUAAGUGCUUUACACCACUGCUUGUAUGUGGUGCAUUUCCACAUCCAGUACCCAGGUCAGGUCUUCUGUCUGAUUCCCUCCGCAUUCUCUCAAAAUAUCUUUCCAUGUAACUUACUGUGGUAUCUCACAAUCGAAUCUUCACCAUAAAAUGAAAACCUGUGUUUACAGUCAAAGAUUAAUGUGUUUCUGACAGUUUUAUAUUACAGUGCUAAUUGGUGGAGUACUGUGGCUACCAAUAUCCCUGUGAGCCUUCCAUCUCCAUGUUGCCAAGGGUUAAGAGUAUAAAUCAUAGAUUAAUAAUAUUACAUUGUAUUAGACUCUCUAAACUUGUUCUAUGGAUUUCUUGGCCAAAAUCUUUUAACAGUUUUUUUUUUAUAUACAUUUUGAGAUCUGGCUGUGGAACGCCUGCAAUACCUCCGCGGAACCCUUUUGGAGAACCUCUGAUUUAUACGUUCAUUGUGUGGUCUUGUCGGUUUCCACUCCAAUAUAAGAGAGAUCUCAAAAAUGGAGAAUGCAGUGAUAAGGCUAUUACAUUUUAGGACAUGUGGUUUUGGUCUGUGAUAUAGUCUUGAGUGGUUUUGAUAUGAAAGUGAAACACUCAUACUUUCACGUUAUCUUUUUUAGCUGAUUAGGCCAUGUAUCUGAUUCACCUGGGAAUACACUGCCCUCGCCAGAACCUGUUUUAUCUCUCUUGUCAUUCUAUAGUUGCAUACAGUUUCAUAACUGUUUACACAACUGUUUGUCUAUGGAUUUUGGUGGGGGAAACAAGGUCUAACACAUUUUAAAAGUUAUCUGAUUACUUUACAUAAUGUGCUGCAUUUCAAAUUGUUUGCUUUAUUACAUCUGUUAGUGGAUUUGGUAUUCCACACACCUUUCUUUGGUCUGGUCUUCUCAGCUCCCUGGCUUUACUAGUUAUCUCCUAGUUCUCAAAAAUGUAUUGUCAGUCAGUGUUUUCUUUUGUCCAUGAGGUCAAGGGAUUUGUGGUUUGAUAUUGGCUUGUCUUACUGCCCCUGGGGUAAAGUCUCAUAACAUUUGUCACAUUAUUGUUUAAUGACACCCACGCUUCAGCCAAAAAUGUUUAACUAACCCAAGACAGACUUAUUUCCAAUGGGAGCAAAUUAAUCAUAGAGGGCAGAACAAGCAAGGAAGUGGGCAGAGCCAAGCACAAGCUAGUGACAUCCUAUUGGUGUGUCCCAGCAUGUAUUUGCAUAUUUCCAUUAGGAAACGCCUACUCUUAAGUGCGUGUGUGCAAUGACUCAAUUCAUGCUUGCACUUCUUUUAAACAACGCCAUUUUUGUAAACUUUGGUAAAGGGCAAAGUCUACAAAACAUACUCCAUUCUGUUUUUAAGUGAUUCUAGUUUUGGGAACAGAAAAUGUAUAAUUGAUGAGAAAAUUUGCAGAAUGUGGGCCAAAAUCCAUCUUCUCACACAGCCGGCCACUGGGCUUGUUCUUAUCACCAUAUUUGGGGGUAAGUGGAAAUUCCAACCGAAUACUUAAGAUAUUUACAUCCGGUGAAACAUCUGGCUCAUUGUUUUGUAUGAGCUGCUGCUACGGACUACAUUUUAGAAUUUGUUUUAUUUAACCUUUAUUUAACAUUUACUGUAAAUGUCAGAUAAAUUGUGGUGUAAAUAUAAUAUGGGGGGAUCUAGAUAGAACACCUCAAUCAUUUAUAUAGCUUGCAGAGAAAAUAAAUAAAUUUUCCCCCUCAA